AUGGAUAAUCGUAAAGCCUUAAAGAGGGUUCUAAAACCGGUGAUUGAAAAGAAGAGGCGAGAUAGGAUAAAUCAAGGCUUGGAUGAGCUAAGGACUAUUCUGCUAAGCAAAACUUCUGACAUGCGGCUGAAAAAUCCAAAAUUAGAAAAAGCUGAAAUUUUAGAGUUGACCGUCGAUUACAUACGAAGAAAAUCAAAUGGAAAUGACAGCAAAGACCCCAUACACGAGCAAACACCGCCAUUACCCAACCCUGUCUAUAGUGCAGGUUUCACAGAGUGCAUCUCCCGCCUGGGCAACUACAUCGACAGCGUGGACCCAUCCCAGAGAGAGAGCUUUGUCCAGGGACUUAGGGACCACCUUGAUACCCACAGUGCCUGCCCUCUGGGGAAGGUGCAGAGCCAGACCUUCCCCCUGGACUUCCAGCCCUGGGGCCCUGCAGCAGAAAGACCAUGCUUCCUGGGCAGAGUAAAAAACAGGAAGGGGAGCACAGUGAUGGGGCAUCAACGAGCCAGCAGGGAGGCCACUUUCCCUUAUAUCAACACCUCUCUUCCCAUCUAUCCCAACACCUUUGUGCUUCACCACCCCCACCCCCACCCUACCCAACACCUCUCACACCCAUACCCAUCUCCCCCUUACUCCCUCUCACCCCCCCCCUCCCCCUGUUACUCAAACUCCUCGCCACCUUUCACCACUACCUCUCCAUACCUCUCCAUGCCAUGCCACUUCCCCUUCCCUCCUUCCCCCUCUCGUCGUCCAUCAGAUUCCUUGUCAUCCCCCUCUCACUCUACACCUCGGCCCGUGGUGCCUCUGGUACCAGCCCAUCCUCCCCUGGUGUCCAGUCCCCCCACCCUUCUAAGUCUCUCUGGCCCUGAGCCCGUAGGCCCAACACGGACUCUGAGGCGGUCACUAUUUCAGAUCCAGCCCCAGGUAGUAUGGAGGCCCUGGUCCUGA